AAAAGGAUGUUUUAGCCUUUUAGGCUUUUGUCCAACCACAAAUAUGAACCCAUCAAAUUUUGAGGGCCAAAAGAAAAAAAAUGUUUCAAUUUGGUCAUAAAAAAUUCUCAAAACAAAAACCCAUCAAGGCUUUGGGCAUUUGUAAUUUUCUUUUUUCUCCAAUGGCAGUACUUUGGUCAUCUUCUUCAAUUUCACUACCGCUUCCCUCCCUUCAGCCUCCAAUACCCUCCACAAUCACCUCAAAAUGCUCCAUCUCCAAUCCCCAUAUCCCCAAAACCUUUAGAAUAGGCUUCCCAUAUUUGACCCAUCAACCCCUUUGCUGUUCUUACUCCACUUCUCAAUCAGAACCUCCUACUUCUCCUUCCACUGGGGUUUUCAUCAAAGGAUUGCCUCAGUCAACAGCUGAAGGACGUCUCAAGAAAGUGUUUUCACAGUUUGGGGAGGUUAAAGAAGUCCAUGUUGUGAGGGAAAGAGUAUCCAAGCAGUCUCUAGGAUCCGCUUUCGUUUGGUUCGAUAACGAGGAGUCUGUGCGACUAGCUGUUAACGAGUUGAAUGGGAAGUUUUUCGAUGGCAGGUUCGUUUCGGUUAAAAUUGCUGUACCUGGAUUGUCGAAGAAACGGGGAAGGACAACACCGUACAAGUUCUAAACUUUCCAUGGAUCAUUUUAUGCCGACAAAAUAGCAAAAUGGCCUUGAUUUAUUGACAGAUAUGGAUAGCAUCGACAGGUAAGAACUAAAUCAAGUGCUCAAGGAGGUGAUAUGCAGUCUUUACCAUUCUGAACACUUGAAGUUUUAGUGUACAGAUUACACAAAUGCAAAAGACUAGGGUUGGAUUAGGGGUCUAAGUGUUGCAUUAGGGUAUACUCGAUUUAUUUCGGGCUAUUUUCAUAUAUUUGAAAGAUCAUAUAGCAAUCUUGUAUCUGUUUAUCUGUCUGACAUAGGUGUCGGACACGAGUAUUAUACGAGUAAAAAAACCCGGGUUAAUAUAACCCUAAAGCAAGGAGAGUUAAAAUAUUAAAUCCUAUAUCAUGACUUUCCAUUGUAGAGAUAGUUUGUGUAGUACUUCCAUUUUCUUUUCAUAAUUUCAUAUCUGAGUUACCUUUUAUAA